CAACUCUCUCUCUCUCUUUCUCUCUCUCAACAUGGCCACCACAGUUCACAUUCUUCUCUCACUCUUCACCUUCCUUCUUUCUCUCUCAUCUCUCUAUCUUCCUUCACUCUCCUCCCUCGACUCCUUGGUCUAUGUCGGCUGUUCACAAAUCAAAUACAACCCCGACUCGCCAUAUGAGUCAAACCUCAACUCACUACUCACCUCCCUAGUCAACUCAGCCACCUACUCAGCCUAUAACAAAUACACCAUCAUGGGCCCCAUACCACAGGACUCACUCAACGGCCUAUACCAAUGCAGGGGUGACCUAUCCAUGCCGGACUGCGCCACCUGUGUGACUCGAGCGGUGAGUCAACUCGGGACUCAAUGCCCACAGACAUGUGGUGGGGCUCUACAGUUACAAGGGUGUUUCGUCAAGUACGAUAACACUACAUUUCUAGGUGUAGAGGACAAGACUGUGGUGUUGAACAAAUGUGCACCGUCGGUUGGGUAUGAUGCGGAAGAGAUGAACCGACGAGAUGCGGUGUUGGGUAGUUUGGUUGGGGCCGGUGGGCCCUACAGGGUUGGUGUGUCCGGAGAUGUUCAAGGUGUGGCUCAGUGUGUGAGGGGAUUUGAGUAUGGGUGAGUGCCAGGAUUGUACAUCGGAGGCGAUCAGACGGUUGAAAAGCGACUGUGGGGGUGGUGUUUAUGGAGAAAUGUUCUUGGGCAAAUGUUAUGCUAGGUACUCGACUAGUGGAGCCCACAUUUAUGCCAAAUCAAACCAUGAGUCAUCUCACCACGAGGAUGUGAAUACAUUUGCGAUUAUCCUUGGAUUAUUAGCUGGUGUUGCACUAAUCAUCAUUUUCUUAGCUUUCAUGAGAAAGGUGUUUGGAGGAAAUGACCUUUGUUUUGCAGGAAAAUAAAUUAUUUUUGCAAGAAAUAAUGGCACUGACUGCCAUUGGUCACCACUCUCCUCUAAAUCUUGAUUAGCUUUUGAUUGCUCUUUUGUCUUCCCGUUUCCUUCAUGAUCAUGUCAACUUUUCAUUCUUUAAGAAUUGCUUUAUAUAAUUUUGCCCAAAGGGAGAUUAUAAAGGGGAGAUUGAAAGAUGAGUCAAGGGGCAGAAGAAAGUAGAAAGAAGUGGAAAAGAAGCUAAGAUUCCACCCUUCUCUCCACUAAACAAAGUUGUAUUGUCUGAUGUGAACAAGUUGCAUAUUCUUUUUGUAAAGGUUCACAUGAUGUUUCUUUAUGAUGUUGUAUUGAUGUUCCUUUUUUUUUUUUUAAAUGUGUUCGACAAGGAGGAGUUGUUUC